AUGCUCCGGUCCGCCCUCUUCGCCGCCGUUGGCGCCCUUAGCCUGGGCUUCACAUCCGCGCUCGAAACCUUCGAGCGCAACCUCAUCUUCCAGCCGCCCGAGAACUACACGGAUCCUCGCGUCCUGUACCCUCGCACCGUCCAGCUGGAGGACGGCCGCCUGCUGGGCACCUGGGAGAACUACUCUCCUGAGCCUCCUCUGGUUUGGUUUCCCAUCUACGAGUCCCUCGACGGUGGCGUGUCCUGGGAGGAGAUCGGUCAGGUACACGAUGAGGUGAACAACUGGGGUCUGCGCUACCAGCCCUUCCUGUACGAGCUUCGCCAGGACUUUGGUGGCUACCCUGCUGGAACCGUUCUUCUUGCUGGCAACAGCAUUCCCACCGACCUCAGCCAGACCAAGAUCGAUGUAUAUGCUUCUACCGACAAGGGCCGCACCUGGGAGUUCGUAUCCCACGUCGCUGCUGGCGGCAGAGCUAUCCCCAACAACGAGGAGACCCCUGUGUGGGAGCCCUUCAUUCUCAUCUUCGAAGAUGAGUUGAUCCUCUACUACGCCGACCAACGCUCGCCCGACCACGGCCAGGAAAUCUCUCACCAGACGACCAAGGAUCUCAAGACCUGGUCCGACGUGGUGAUUGACGCCUCCUACCCGACCUACACGGACCGUCCCGGCAUGCCCUUCGUCACCCAGCUCGCCAACGGCGACUACAUGUACACCUUUGAAUGGGGCGGCGCGCCCAUAAUCGAGCCCUACUCGUUCCCCAUCUACUACCGCAUCGCAAAGGACCCUCGCAAGUUCGCCGACGCGCCCGACAUGUACAUCAACAGCACCAACGGCGGCGUCUUCCCCAUCAACAGCCCCAACGUCGUCUGGUCUCCCGUAGGCGGCUGCAACGGCACCAUCGUCGUGAGCAGCAACAGCGCCCCUCUCUUCAUCAACCGCCGCGGCGGUGACCCCAACGCCUGGGUUGCCUACGAUUCUCCCGAGGCCGGCGCGUACACCCGUAACCUGCGCAUCAUGGAGGAGGACCCCGACUACCUGCUCAUCAUGGGUGCCGGCGUCCUGCCUCCCAGCACCACCAACAAGGUCACCGUCAGCAUGAUCAAGCUGACCGAGCUUCUGGGUCUGACUCAGGCAUGA